AUGUCCGUCGUUUCGCUCCUCGGUGUCAAGGUCGUGAACAACCCCGCCAAAUUUACCGACAAAUACGAGUUUGAGAUCACAUUUGAGUGCUUGGAGGCGCUGGAGAAAGAUCUCGAAUGGAAACUUACCUACGUCGGCUCUGCCACCUCCGAUCAAUAUGACCAGGAACUCGACUCUCUACUGGUUGGGCCAGUCCCUGUCGGCGUGAACAAGUUCUUGUUUGAAGCGGAUGCUCCCAAAACCACGCGAAUCCCCGACGCCGAUGUUCUCGGGGUUACAGUGGUUCUCCUGACCUGCGCUUACGACGGACGCGAGUUCGUCCGCGUAGGCUACUACGUCAACAACGAAUAUGACUCCGAGGAACUUAAUUCCGAGCCACCGGCCAAACCCAUCAUUGAGCGCGUGCGGCGCAACGUGCUAGCUGAGAAGCCCCGCGUCACGCGCUUCGCCAUCAAGUGGGAUUCCGAGGCUUCAGCCCCUCCUGAAUAUCCCCCGGAGCAACCCGAGGCGGACCUUGUUGCAGACGGGGAGGAGUAUGGUGCUGAGGAGGCAGAGGAAGAAGCUGCUGCCGAAGCCGCCCAAAAGGCUGAAUCUCAGCCUGAGGACGAUGCCGAGAUGGCCGGCGUGGAACAGGAGAACGGAAACGCGGGAGAAUACGGCCCAGAAGAGGAAGAAAUGUCCGAGGAUGGCAGUGUCGAUAUUGAUGGGGAGAGUGAGGAGGAGCCCGACGAGGAGGAGGAGGGUGAAGGAGAUACUGAAGCUGAUGAGGACGAUGCUAUGGAGGUGGAUGGUGCCGAAAAGCAGACCGACGCCCCUGCUGCCAAGCCGGUCACUGUUGCUUCCUAA